CUGCGUUCAGACACGCCAGAUGGAGACAGUCAUUGGAGUAGGACAGUUGAUCGCACAGCCGCCUUUUUACUGAGACUUAUCAAGCAAAAGGGACGUAAACACAAAGAGAUAUAUUUAUAUUUUGUUUGUUACCGCUGUUUAAUGGAUACCGGUUGUUUGAAGGCUCCGCAGCGUAUUUCGUGCCACAACAUGAAUGCGGAUUUAUUGAAGUCUGGUCCGGAGCGUGGACCCCAACAGUCGUCUGGCACUGUGAGAAAUGGCAGGAAUAAACCCGACCAAACCAAACCAGAGCUGGCUCAGGUGGUUACCGACUCCAAGACGGGAAGAUCCUACAGUAAAGGGAAGCUCUUGGGAAAGGGUGGUUUUGCUCGAUGCUAUGAGAUGACAGACCUGUCCAACAACAAAAUGUAUGCUGUGAAAGUGAUUCCACAGAGCAGGGUGUCCAAACCACAUCAGAGGGACAAGAUCGCGAAUGAGAUCGAGCUGCACAGAACCCUGUCGCACAAGCAUGUGGUGAAAUUCUCUCAUUAUUUUGAAGACCAAGAAAACAUCUACAUAUUCCUCGAGCUCUGCAGUCGAAAGUCUUUGGCACAUAUUUGGAAGGCGAGACACACGCUGACAGAGCCAGAGGUGCGAUAUUACCUCAGACAGAUCAUAUCCGGCCUCAAGUACCUCCACAGCAGGGGUAUCCUGCACCGAGAUCUCAAACUAGGCAACUUUUUUGUCAACGAGAACAUGGAACUGCGGUUGGGAGAUUUUGGCCUUGCUGCUAAGCUGGAGACAGUGGAACAAAGGAAAAAAACAAUUUGUGGUACACCUAACUACUUGGCCCCAGAGGUGUUGAACAGACAAGGUCACGGUACAGAGUCUGACAUCUGGUCCCUCGGAUGCGUCAUGUACACGCUGAUGUGUGGCAACCCCCCUUUUGAGACUCUUGACUUAAAAGAGACAUACAAGUGUAUAAAGGAAGUUCGGUACAACCUGCCCUCAACGCUCUCCCCUGCUGCGCAGAAACUCAUCUCAGGCAUCCUACAGAAAAAUCCCAGUGACAGACUCACUUUGGAUCAAAUCCUCAACCACGAAUUCUUCAAAGGUUUCACUCCUGACAAACUUCCCCCCAGCAGUUGUGUGAUGGUGCCAGAGCUCCACCCUCCAAGUCCUGCCAAGAAGUUCUUUACUAAAAUGGCUAAGAGCUUCUUUGGCAAGAAAAAAGCAAAGGUAGAGAAGAUUCCAUGCGAGGAAAAAGAUGACAAGGACAUUUCCAAGCUGGUGUCAGGCAUCGUCAAAUGUUCCAUCAAUCGGCAGAUCAGCUACAAAACAGUGGGAACUAAUGAGGUGGCCUCUCCCACUGGUCAGCCGGUCAGCUCUGUGCCUCUUGAGCAGACACCAGCAGAGGAGGAAUCCCGGAAGUCCAUCUCUCGUUCUUUCAAGGGCACCAUGGCCAGCAGCACUGAACCCUGUGAGGAUGUGCUGACUCCUGCAGCUGUUGCUGAAGCAGCCAUGAAAGUUCUCAAUAACUGCCUGGCCACCAUGCCUGCAGCCACUAGAAACCCACCCUGCUUGUCUAGACCUCAGUCCUUCCUGUGGGUGACUAAAUGGGUUGACUACUCAAACAAAUAUGGGUUUGGCUACCAGCUCUCAAACCAAACCAUAGGUGUGCUUUUCAAUGAGGGAACCCAUCUCAGCCUUUGUGACCAGCGCAAGACCGUUCACUAUUGCCUGACCAACAACAAACACUUUACUUUUCCAACCAACUCGCUACCUGAGCAACUUCGCAGUCAGAAACAAAUUGUUGAACUCAUGGCCAACUACAUGGAGCAGAACCUUAUGGAGGGUGGAGAUCUGCAAUGUGAGGAGCAGCCCUCUGGUUCUCCUCCUCUGCUCCUCCAGUGGGUGAAGACCGACCACGCUCUUGUCAUGCUCUUCAACAAUGGAACUCUACAGGUUAACUUCUACACAGACCACACAAAGAUCAUCUUGUGCAAGUCAUCUGAUGACUCCUACCUGCUCACAUACAUCAGCCGGGAACGCGUCUCGUACACUUACCUCCUCAGCAUGCUGAAUGAAAUGGGCUGCACCUCUGAGCUACAUCACCGACUCAGAUAUGUGGUCCAGCUGCUCCAACACCACGCUGCCUGAGGGCAUAUCUCAGUGCCUCCCAGGCUACCUGAGUGGCAGAUGGCUCAGAGGCAACCUGACCAGUUCACACAUUUUUUUUUUUUUUUUUUCCCCCUGUUUACGCAGCCUGACUGGUUGAUUUUUUUUUUUUUUUUUCCAAGGCAGUGCUGCGAGCUGCUGAACCCUGUUGGAUGAAAAGCUGCUUUGCUCUUCUGAGUGGUGUCCUCAUCUGUACUGUUGCCUAGAUUAUCAUGUUGACUGAUCUUGUUGAACUUCAGAUAGUCAGGACGUUGUCCAAAGCAGCCUCUGCCUCAAGGGUUUGUGCCUGCCUAGCUUUUUCCUCAAAGGUUUCCACGUGAAAGUUAUUGAUACUUUUUUAAGAAGAGGUUAAUAUCUUGCCUAAAAUGAUGGAUUCCUCAUAGGUAGAUGCCUACAUGAACACCCAGUUACCUUCCCUCACUCACUUUAGACCACUGCUUCUUGAGGGGGGGCCUUUGAAAGCCACCAAGCCUGCAGUGUUCAGCCUCCAUUGAUGGCCAACAAUGCAGGCGUGGUUUUUCAAAGGUGUCAAAACACUAAAACUGUCCAGAUGGCUUACAGCGGAGCGCGGAUGAUCUUGUGGCCGAAAUGCAGUCAGGCUCACCUUUCCAGAAGUAUUUUAGAAGCAAGGUCCUUCCACCGUUGACAGGAACUAUGAUCUUUCAGCAGAGAUGCUUUGGGAAGAGCACUUUGACUGGAAAGAGAGGCCCUCCUACCCUCAGUUUGUGUGUGGCCUCUUUGGACCAUGGUACUCACUUUUUUUUUUUUUCCUUUUUUAAAAAUGAGCCAGCUAUAGGACCACUUUAGAUCUUUACCUCACAUGCACAAAAAACAUUUCCAGCCUUAUUUCAUGAUGGCAAUCUAAAAGAUUUUCAGUCAUUUCUUCUGCUCCAGCAUCACUUUUUGGUUAGAAAUGUCACUAAUGCGGUACACAGCAUGUUGCAGGGACUAUGGGAGCAACACAGCUUUGCACUUUUUUAAUUUUCUUAAUCUGAAAAACAACUUUCUUUUUUACCAUCACUUGUUAUAUUUUAUUGUUUUUAACUAGAUACCAAAUUGUUUGAUUUUUUUUAAAUGAUUCAGUUUUAAAUUCACUUGCAGUUGGUGAAUGUGUGCACCACACACGUGCUGGCAAACAGCUGUUGGUUGGAAAUUUAGGGUGGGGAGGGGGGAUAAAAGUGCCUUUUUGAGGGAUGUUUGUAUAGUGCAAUAACAACCUUUGAAUGUCAAGCUGGCUACAAACAAGAAUAGAGAUGGAUUUUUACAAGUGGGAUCUACUUUUUUACUUUGAACCAAGUUUAAAAGUAAAUCCCAAAGCACUACACUCUCACUACCUGGUAUAAGCUUUUAGAACAACUGUUAACAUAAGUAUAUAUCCCAGUAAUAUCUACUAUGGAAAAAAGAAAACAUUGUACUCUGUUGUACUGUAACCCUUUAUUGGUUUACAUUGCUUUCUUAAUCCAGAGUGUUAUCCUUAAAAACUGUGACCUGGAAUGCAAGUAUUGCUUACAUGUGUUCCCCAAAAAAAAACCAACAUUGUGAAAGCCAUCUGCCAAUUUAGAAGUCUUUAUUUUUUUGGCACAUAAUGUUAUGUCUUUAUUUUUUUUAUUUAUACAUGUUUUUUUUAUUUAUUGUGUAAAUGUUGAAGUCUCGACACGGAAAUGUUCAAUUCCAGUCACCUUUUUUUGUAAGUUGUUUGGGGCGGGGUGGGACAAAAAUAAAGUUUAUUGAAAAUUAA